ACAUACAUUGUGAAUGCCUGUUUCACCCUUGAUUCGUUGAAACUACGGUUAGGUCGUCUUUUUGUUUAUGAUGUUUUGUGAUAUAUACACAGAGGCACACACUCGUGGCUUCCCAAAUCUAUCGACUGUCUAAAAGGGAAGGGAAUACCAGAGAGAGCUGCUAUUCAUUCUCAAUCGCUUUUUUGGGCGAAAUGGAGAACCCUGCAGCAAAUCAACUGCCUGAAGCAGAUUCUUUACCUGAUGGGUUUGUUGAUAGCUCUGCAGAACCUCUAACCCCUACACCCGCAACACCAGAUCAAGAAGAUCAAGUAAUUGAUUAUAAGGAGGAGAGACUGAUAGAAGUUGAUUCGAGGCCAGAUUUGGUAGUGGAUGACUUUCAGUCGAGCCAAGGCGAUGAUGGAAGUGCUGAGCAAUCAAGAACGUUCCCUGUAGAACUAUCUGAAUACGUCAAUUGUGAUCCACAUGAGUCGGUAAAGAAGCCUGAAGAGGAUUGUACAGAUCACACUGUUGCUGGAUCACCAACUAAUGUUUCUGAAAAUGUGGGAAGGAAAUCAGAACAGGGAAUGGUUCCAACUGAUGGAAACAAACAUGCUGGAGAAACAUGUCAAACUUCAGAAAACUCAACCGAGCAAGGAGUGGAAUCGCAAGCAGCCGGCGUACAAGGAAAGCUACCAUCAGAGAGCUCUGGAACAAGCAGAAAAGAUACAUCUGAAGUAAAACGUAAGAGUGCCAAGCGUACAUUCAAGACGGAAAAAGAAUUUCUGGAGUUCACUCUAAGUUAUCAGAAAGUUCUUUCCGAAAGAGAUGCGGCUAUUUCUAUGCGAGAUAAACUCGAGUCAUUGUGUAGGGAGCUACAACGUCAAAACAAGAUGUUAAUGGACGAGUGCAAAAGAGUAUCAACAGAAAGUCAAAACCUAAGGCUAGAUCUAUCGAACAAGUUUCAGGAAGCAAUAAAGGAUGUUACGAGUAAGCUGGAGGAGCAAAGGGAUGACAGCCUGACCCAACUGAAGGAGAAUGAAAUGUUAAGAAACCAAUUGAGGCAAAAGGAGGAUCAAAAUGCCCUUAUUGAGCAACAAUAUACUCAACAGUUGAAGCAGAAAACUAUAGAACUCCAAAUUGCAGAUUUGAAGAUUCAGCAACAUGAAGAAAAAUUGGUGAAGGAACAGUCCCAGAUGAAGACAUAUGCAGACCAGGUGUCACAAUUGUUGGCAACUGAAAAGAAUUUGCGGUUACAGUUAACUGCUGAUGGUGAAAAAUUCCAGCAAUUUCAGGAUGCAUUAGUGAAGAGCAAUGAGGUUUUUGAAACAUUCAAGCAAGAAAUUGAGAAGAUGGCAAAAUCAAUAAAGGAACUCAAAAAGGAAAAUACCUUUCUAAAGGGCAAGACCGAGAAGUCAGACAUCACUCUCAUACAACUCGUGGAAGAGCGGGAACGCAUGAAGAAGCAACUAGAAAAAACCAAGAAUCAAAAAGAAAAGCUUGAAUCGUUAUGCAGAUCACUUCAAGCAGAGAGGAAGCAGAAUCCAAUUGGGCAAAACAAUGCUGCUGAUUGAAGUAAAAUCAGAUUCUAGGUUUCAUUUUCUCAUUCCGAUUUCUUGUUGCUACAUGUACUGAAUAUAAUGUAGUCGAACAAACUUGUGUACUGAAUAUAAUGUAGUCAAACAAACUUGUGUGGUCAGAAAAACCGAUUUGAGUUGAAGCAUUUUUGCUUAUAGUUUCAAGUCUGGAAAUAGCAGAUUCCAAGUGUUGAUCAC